AUUUCAAACGCUGAAAUGAAUCAGAGGACGUAUACAUCGAAUUGUGGGAACUAUCGCCUCAAAAACUAUCUUCAGCAUGGAACAGCCGAUUUGAAAAUAAACUCUAUCUACAAAUCGAAUAACAACUAUCCAAAAUUAGACUCCGCGCCUACUUACGUUUCGGCGAUAACUAUUAAAGGUCCACAGAUCACAGACACAAACAAAAAAUAUUCCUGGCAGAAAAGCCCGACUAUCAAUCGCCAGUAUAACAGAACCAUAUCUGACGAAGUGAAUCACAAUACGAGUGCGCCUUCAUGUACCACCUAUCGUCAAUCCGCGUCCGGAAAUAUACGCCCAACUCACAUAACUUACGACGACAAGCCUCGCACCACUCAUGGAAACUACAUCGGAAAACCAUACUAUAACCUCGGAGAAAGAGGCUCGGGUAUCAGAGCACAAGGAACAGUUCAAGAUUUUAACCAGCUGAGGCAGGAAUGUUUAUCGAAUGGAACACUGUUCGAAGACCCCGAGUUCCCGGCACAAGAUGAUUCCAUAUAUUUUUCGAGAAGACCCGACCGCUACAUCGAAUGGAAACGUCCAAUGGAAAUUGCGCACGAUCCACAACUAUUCGUCGAGGGGUUUUCACGGUUUGACGUACAACAGGGCGAGCUUGGUGAUUGCUGGCUCAUCGCAGCUGUUGCCAAUCUUACACUACAUCCAAAUUUAUUCUUUCAAAUUGUACCCGAAGAUCAAAGCUUCGAAGACAACUAUGCAGGGAUAUUCCAUUUCAGAUUUUGGCAGUACGGAAGAUGGGUGGAUGUAGUCAUAGACGAUCGCCUGCCGACUAGUCAAGGGAAAUUGAUGUUUUUACAUUCAGCUGAAAAUAACGAGUUUUGGAGUGCACUGCUUGAGAAAGCCUACGCGAAGCUUCAUGGUUCGUAUGAAGCUUUAAAGGGAGGAACGACAUGUGAAGCUAUGGAAGACUUUACCGGAGGAGUAACAGAGCUGUACGAAAUGAAUGAAACACCGCCAAACUUGUUCAAUAUUCUACUCAAAGCUUAUGAAAGAAACUCAUUAAUGGGUUGUUCACUGGAGCCGGAUCCAAACGUAUUAGAAGCUGAAACGCCAGAAGGUUUAAUCAGGGGACAUGCCUAUAGUAUUACACGAGUCAAGUAUGUUGAUAUCAUGACGCCAAAUCAAGUAGGAAAAAUUCCUUUAUUGAGAUUGAGGAACCCAUGGGGUAACGAGGCUGAAUGGAACGGACCUUGGAGUGAUCAAUCACCUGAAUGGAGGUUUAUUCCUGAUCAUGAGAAAGAGGAACUGGGAUUAACGUUCGAUGUAGAUGGUGAAUUUUGGAUGUCUUUACAAGAUUUCAAGCAUCACUUCACACGGCUUGAGAUCUGUAACUUGAAUCCGGACUCUUUAACAGACAGUGAUCUCAGCGCUGGUAAAAAAAAAUGGGAAAUGAGCAUAUUUGAAGGGGAAUGGGUACGCGGAGUAACAGCUGGUGGAUGCCGUAACUUUUUAGAAACCUUUUGGCACAACCCCCAGUAUCGUAUAACAUUAGAAUACCCGGAUGAAGAUGAUGACAAAUGCACGGUUAUCGUAGCAUUGAUGCAAAAAAAUCGUAGGGCACAAAGACAGAUGGGUGCUGAUUGUCUGACAAUUGGCUUUGCCAUGUAUCGUCUGGAAGAUCCCGACAGAUUACCAAAGCCGUUAGAUGUUAAUUUCUUCAAGUACAACGCCUCGGUAGCUCGAUCUCCGUCAUUCAUUAACCUUCGUGAAGUUAGCUGCCGAUUCAAGUUGCCGCCUGGUGUUUACUGCAUUGUUCCCAGUACUUUUGAUCCGCAUGAAGAAGGCGAAUUCUUAUUGAGAGUAUUUUCUGAAAAUCAGAACAACAUGGAGGAAAAUGAUGAACAAAUUGGUAUCGGCGAAGUCGAUGAUAGGGUCAAUAACCAUGGUAAAGAAAGGCCAGAAGGGCAAGAAGAUACAGUAAGAGAUCAGCCUGAGCCUGAUAGAAACGAGGAAAAAGUACGAGAGUUCUUCAGAAAACUUGCCGGUGAUGAUAUGGAAGUCGAUUGGAUGGAACUGAAAGAAAUCUUGGACUUCGCUAUGCGCAAAGAGCUACCAUCAUCUGCUCGACGUAGCGAGGCUCGAGCCCCAGAAAUCACCCCAGGAGAAGGGUCCAUUGUCGACACGCUCAUCUCGUUACUCUGUGGUCUUGUUUGUAAUAACGAGCAAUACAAUAAACCUGUAGUGAACCGACCGUUGCUGACAGUGCUGCGAAGGUGAUUGUGUCUCAACAUGCUAUGCUUCUCCUCUCAAGUUUUUGUCGCACUAGAGUAAUUUUCCCUGCGUAACACUCUGGUGGCGUUUCACGUUUCCUCUUUGUAUGUUUGGUAUGUUUACAAUAGGUGAAGGUACAGAUAAUAAUUCAGCCUCCGUCCCCACGUUCCAUUUCCAAAUUUUAUUCUGUGACUCAACGGAACAUUUGAACAUGGAAAAUUGCAAAGUACAGACUUUGCAUUACCUAUAUGUAUUGUAUAUUACAUGCACAAUAUAUAUAUAUAUACAUAUAUAUAUAUGUAUAUGUUGCUCACUGACAUCUGUGCAUUACGGUAUAAUAUAAGGAAGUUUUAAGAUUAUUUCAAAUUGUUUAAUCAUCUCCUUGAAUGUUUCGAACGGCUCAAAUUACCAAAUCCUCAUUGUAUUAAGGAACUAACUAUUUCAUCAAAUUUCGUUAUGUACGUGUAUAUAUAACUUUACUAAUCAUGGCAGCAUUGUUGAAUGUAUAAUACGAUAUCUCACUAAUAUGAGUGUCGGGACGUCAUGUAUUCUUGUUAUUACAUUCUGUGUUUAUAACAUUCGAAUUUAUGUUUUCAGGUAUAUAUUAUGGUCGUGCUUAUCACGCUGUGAGAAAUGUAUAAAUUUCAAACUAAAGCCUAUUUCAAUAACGUUUGCUUUCACAACUUUUACCUUCGAUUUUCCACUGUCCAGAAUUUUCAUUUGAUCUUGUAACGGGUUUUCAAGAGAAUGAGUCUUAAGAGCAUGUAGCAGUCUUCCCUUACCAACCGAGCGAACUCACCCUUUUUCUUCCUAUAUUGAAUAAACAAACAAAUGGAAAGGGUUUUGAAUUUCAAAUUUCAACGAUACAUCGCUCUUUCGUAGCAGAAUUCAGGAAAGCUAGUCAUAUCUCAAAAAUUGUCCCAAAACGUUUAAUUUUUUGAAACACGUCACUAUUCACACAUUUGCCGCAUGAAAAGGAGGGGUCAAAAAGUGCAUAGCUGAGAUACUUUGCGCAAUUCCGGAAAGAAUACUGUGUAAAAUGAGCCAUCGUGAGACUGUUUUCAUGCAAUAUUACGAUCGCUAGAUGAGAACCAGGCAUUAAAAUAAUUUCGUAAAUAAAAAAUACUCCUACGAUAUGCUGGGCGCACGGCCGAGCGUUCCUUGGUUGAAACGUUCCUUGGUUUUACGAAAUUAUUGUAAUUCUUAGUUCUCGUCUAGCGACCUCAAUAUUGCAUGAAAACAGUCUCACGACGGCUCAUUUCACUUCUAAUUUUUUCUUUAAUUGCGCAAAGUAUCACAACUAUGCACUUUUUGGCCCCUGAAUUGCGGAAAAUGUGGGAAUAGUAACGUAUGAAAAAAACCACAAAUUUUAUUGACGAUAUUCGAAUUAUGAGUAACUUUCUUGAAUUCCGCUGCGGAAGAUCGAAGCACCGCUGAAAUUGGAACCGUUUCCGUUCAUUUGUUUAUUUAAUAUAGGAAGCAAAAAAGGGUGAGUUUACUCAGUCGGUAAAGGUAGGAUUGCUACAUACUCUUAAAUGGGUUCAAAAAUAUUGGUCACAACAAAACCAGAGAACAAAUUUUUUUCAUUUCUUGACCUACAAAAUAGCAUCAUUUUUUUUUUGCUGGAAAUUUUACCAACCACAGCUCUCCCUGUUCUACCACAGCCUAUUAGCAGAUUGAGGUUGUUCUCUUGUUGAACAAAGUAUAUGUAUGUAUUUAAGGGACUAUAUAUUAGGGUGGUAAUUAAAAUGGUCAUUUUUAAAUCGGCUCCAAAGAAUUCCCUUAUUUUUUCAGAUUCUUAUCUCAAUUCUAACUCGUACCUGCAAGAGGGUGGAUUUUCCCAGUUAACCCCUUCCAGAGGCACAUUGAAUCUACUGAACGGAAAAUCCCAAAAGUCACUUGACGUUGUCGCAUUGGACCCACCACUUUGAAUUUUGUGGUUUCAAGUUCAGAUUUAUAAUCAGCGACCUCGACAACUUCCCGCACACUGAGUGUUAUCGAAAUCAAAUGACUUUUUCGCUUUUUGUCCGCCGUAAUGGAUCCACCAUUUUGAAUUGUCAAAUUUUUAUUUCAGAUUUGUAAUCAGCGACCCAAAAAACCCUCCAUACCAAAUUUUAUUGAAACCCGUUUGGUGGAUUUAAUGUGCCCCUGAAGGGGUUGAAUGGGGAAAUCCAUCCUCUUACGGGCAUGGGUUAGAGUUGAAAUGGAAAUCUGAACCCCAAUCAAAUUGAAUAACUGGUUGUCAAGAUAAAAAUUCCCAAAACAUACCCACUUUUACCUGUAUCUUCUUUCAAAUAUUUUUCGGAGAAUUAGAAUAGUAGAUAUUCAUUUUCAAAGAUCAUCUCACACGGGAAAUUAUUGUUUUCUUGUCAAGUGGAACAUUUUUUAAAUCUCAUGGUACAAGGCCCUAUAACUUUGAAUUAGUUCUUAUAGGUGAGCUGACAGCAAAAAUUCUUAGCGUCAUUGAUAUCGCGAUACCUUGGUGAACUGAAGUUCCCCCUAUUUACCAACGCUUAGUCUUGAACAUGUAACAAUGCAACAUGUAUGUACAGAGAUGUUAAUAAAAAAACAGGUAGUAAUAGAUAAGUAGCGAUCAUGUAUGUGCUUCACAAUUCAUCAAACGAGUAGCAGUUUUUUGACAACAUGAUCAUGUAGUAACAAAUCGAUACUCAUUAAGAAAGAUAUAUGUCACUCGUAAUAAGUAUUCUACAAUUUUCUAUUUUUAUAGGUUUGCUUAAUUAACCGACCUCUAUAAUCAGCUAUACCGCAUAUAACAACUUUGACAGCUAAUUAAUCUGUUAUUAAUUGAAUAAAUUUUAAUAAAUACUACAAAUAUUUUAUACUCAGCCCUAAAAAUUCUAUUCGUAAACACAAAAAAUAGUACCUGUCAGCUACAUUAUGAAUCUAGCUAUUCAUUCUACA